AUGGGUGUCCUCAUCAAUCAACGAUAUCAUUAUCAAAUAAUCCUUCCCUAUAGCGAGGAAGCAUUGAAAGCACUGACAGUGCUACAAAGAGAAGAAGAUGUGAGGGGUGAGGGAGGCGUUGUUGUUCGAGGUGCAGACUCAAGAGUGAAUGAGAUAACAAGCCACCUUGACCGCCGAGAUGAUCAAAAUUCAUCACCGUACCUACUACGGCCUCUACCUUAA